AUGUCUGUGCGGCUCGGACUCGACUUCAAAGAACUGCAUUCCUUCUUCCAAGAGGCGUUUGGUCCAUUUCGUGAAUACGCAAGAACUACGAAUGAAAUUGACACAGACCAUGAAGGCGAGGUAGAUAGAGGUUACUGUCAAAAGAACAAGAUACAUUUGACGACGGGCUGGUACGGAUGGACUUAUAGUGAAGCGGUUAUCACCCAGCACUUUGAAUGCUGUAUCCCGGGUUCGAAUCCCGCUACCGCUCGAAAUCCUUUACGUGUAAGGGGGUUUCAAGUCGCUUCCUUAUUGCCAAAAACGAGCUCUGCACGUCUCGAUUGCUCCCACGUAGCCGCUUAUCGAGCUUCUCCUCAUUUGUCACGAUCAAGCUUUGUUUCCGGUUCGUUCACUGAACAGGACUUCCUAUCGUUUCCUGAUAGAAGACCCCCGCACUUCAUUUUUCAUCGAGUUUUCACAAGAUUUUUUCACCUAAUUUCUCAACUGCGGAAAUCCUUUGCAAAGGUGGCUUUGGCGCUCAUUAUUGCGUUUUCGCUAGUGUCAAAUCCGGCCUUAGCCGUGACAGGUGGGCGAAUGGGCGGAUCCUUUGGUAAAUCGAGCAGUGCUUCCAUGUCUCGUCCCAUGACCCGUCAAUCGUCGCCACGAUCCGGCAGUCGAGGAGCUCCUCGAGUUGCUAUUCACAACCACAAUUCGCGGCCCCGCUACCGCUACCGCUCGACGAGUAUGUACGGGAGUUUCGAUGAUGCACUCUUAGCGCCACGUUGCCACCGUCCCGUGGCUGCGAGAUUUUCCGCUUCUGAUGUUGUCUUGUUGACGGGGACGUCCGCAUUGAUUUUCUACGGUGUAACCAAUAAUUUUAGAGGCAAACGUGACGGUGACGAAAGUGCUCUGGGACCGGGAGCAUCGGUUGCAUCCGUCACAAUUGCGUUGGAUGUUCCCAGUCGAAAAAAUCCGAACUCAGUUUUACACAGACUGAAGCGUAUUUCAGAACGAGCCAAUAUGGCAUCCCGAAAAGGUGUGCAGGAUUUGGUGUCGGAAGUCUCCUUGGAAUUGUUGCGGCAAGAAAAGGCAGUUUCAUCAGGCAAGACGUACUCGCAGCAUUUCUCGAGUGUCACUCCAGCCGAGCGUGAUUUCCAGCGACAAUCAAUCCAAAGUCGGAGCAAAUUUGACCGUGAAUCAGUGAAUAAAUUUGGAUCCGAGGACCGUUCGGAACGUUCACAGGGCGCACCAACUUCGUUGUCCCUAUCGAAAGACCGUUCUCAAGCCACGAAGGCAGUUGUGACAUUGCAUUUGGCCAUUGAGGGUGAUUCAACUCUUCUACCUCCCGUGCGUACCCGUACGGAUUUGCUCUUGGCGCUGAAGAAAAUAGCGGCUGAUGUGGUCGUGUCUGACUGCCUAUUGUCAGCCGAAGUCUUGUGGGCGCCCGAGGAAGACUGGGACAUGCUUACGGAACGAGAUAUUUAUGCGGACUAUCCCGAUCUGAUUUCAGUGUAAUGGACAACUCGCAACAGAUUACUGAAAAUCAAUAGAUAUUGAUACAACAAUCCAUCCAUGGGCGUUGGUAUACUAGGUUA